ACAAUAACAUGGGUGGGCUCGAGAGGGCGGUGGUGCGCUGUCACCGGUGAUUCGGAAGUAUGUAACAAGUCACGCAUUCAGUAAGUUGAGUGAUGAUUCAACACGUCAGUUCAAACGCUCGAUUGCACGUUUAACAAAAAACAACAACUCAGUGUAGCAGAACCGGAUCUCCACAGGCGCACUCCGGCGGCGUGUGGUGUGGGGGAGAGGAGUUAGCUUGUUUAGCUUAGCAAGGGUAGCCGUUCAGGAAGAAGUGUCACCGCUCCACCGGGAGACGAAGAGUCCGUGUCCAUGGCUGCUCUCGGUAACUCCGGGGCCGCUUCCAGUCCGAUGGUGGUGUUGGCUCCGAAGACUAAAACAAAAAAGAAGCACUUCGUGCAGCAGAAGGUCAAAGUGUUUCGAGCCAGCGACCCCGUCCUGAGCGUCUUCAUGUGGGGCGUCAAUCACUCGAUCAAUGAUCUCAACCAGGUGCCUGUUCCUGUCAUGCUGCUGCCUGACGACUUUAAAGCCAACACUAAGAUCAAAGUCAACAACCAUCUCUUUAACAAAGAAAAUCUUCCAGGACAUUUCAAGUUCAAAGAAUACUGUCCCCAGGUCUUCCGAAAUCUACGGGAACGCUUUGGUAUCGAGGACCUGGACUAUCAGGUUUCGUUGACACGCAGCCCACCAAUGAGGAGCGUGGAGGACCAGGUAGAAGGUCUCCUCCUCAACUCCUACGACCGAACGUUGGUCAUCAAGCAAAUCUCCAGCGAGGACGUCGCAGACAUGCACGGCAUCCUGUCCGAAUAUCACCAGCACAUAGUGAAGUGUCACGGCAGCACCCUGCUGCCUCAGUUCCUGGGUAUGUACCGCGUGGGCGUGGACAGCGAGGAGACCUACCUGAUCGUCAUGAGGAACAUGUUCAGCCACAGGCUGGUUGUUCACAGGAAGUACGACCUGAAGGGCUCUCUGGUGGCUCGUGAGGCGAGUGACAAAGAAAGGGGAAAAGAACUGCCUACCUAUAAGGACAUGGACUUUAGGAACGAUAUGCAGAAGGUGUAUGUAACGGAUGAGCAGAAGGAGAAGGUGAUGGAGAAACUCCACAAAGACGUGGAGUUCUUGGUGAGGCUGAAGAUCAUGGACUACAGCCUGCUGCUCGGCAUCCACGACGUGGGGCGAGCCGAGCGCGACGAUGAGGAGGGCGAGGAGGUCUCCAACGAGGACGAGGCCGAGGCCGAGAACGGCCUGGCCCAGGCGGGCUCGUACGGCACCUCCCCGGAGGGCAUCGCCGGCUACAUGUCCAGCUGCAAACCUCUGGGGCCCGGCGAGUUCGACCCCUACGUGGAUGUGUACGCCCUCGGCAGCUGCCCGGGAGCCCCUCAGAGGGAGGUCUACUUCAUGGGGCUGAUCGAUGUUCUCACUCAGUACGACACCAAGAAGAAAGCCGCUCACGCAGCGAAAACUGUGAAACACGGGGCCGGCGCUGAGAUCUCCACAGUCCACCCCGAGCAGUAUGCCAAGCGGUUUCGCGACUUCAUCUCCAACAUCUUUGCGUAGCGCCGACCGCGCGCCGCUCCGACCCCGUUGACCAAAAUUAGUACGAACACGCAGCGUUAUUAAACGUGGUGACCUGAGAUGAGACCACGUCCAUUGUAGCAACAUGAUGUACUACUUCUGAUGCAGUUUAUUUAUUUCUAAGAUGUACGUCUUCUAGAUAUCAAGGAUGAUGGAUUAACUCUGGAGCGUUUGGCUCCAUGGAAACAAAGUGCUGUCGAUCAGUGUUGGACCACGUCAGUGCAAGAUCAAAUACUCGUUUUAUUUUAGUCGCCCUCUUCUGAUUUCCCAAGCUUUAGCUCCACUAACAUUUUGGGAAGUAUGCUCCGUUACUUUCUUUACACAAGUCAACUCUUUUGGGUCUGUUAAAGGAGCCCUGUCGAGUUUUUUUUUCUUUUUUUGUUAGUCAUUUCUUCGAGGGGGUCCUUCUUUUGUUUCCCGUGCACGUGGGCUCCUGCACACAAUAACAGGGAGUGGUGCUGAGCCAGCAAGGACCUUGAAGAAGCAGAAGAAGACUGCUGGCCAGUGACACUGGACUCAAAGUCUCAGCGUUGAAAGAUAUUUUAUGAGGAAAACGUUCAACAUUUGUAUUUAGACCUCAAGGAUACAAACGGUGUGUUUUUCAGUUAAUUGAACAAUAUCACGCUAUGAAAAUAGAUAUCUUAGAUUUUAGAUCUCGAAAAAUGGCAUAAAUGUCAGUUUUAACGGCUGCAUUGCAGUAAAGAGGCGUAGUUUUCUGAAUAUACCAGGCUGCUCUAUCCAUUCUCUCAUCAUGCCUUCACACCCUUUCAUUCAUAUCGAUUAAUCUUAUUUGUCAACCGUACAAUAUUCUUGCAACAUUGAUAUCAAGCUCAAACAUAUAUUAGGUUCCUUUAGUCAACUUUACCCAGCCCUACUUUUUGUACUACUGAGCUCCAAACGGCACCUUUCUAAUGUGACCAGGACACCGUUAGCUUUGCUUAUCAGAACAACUGGAAUCAGGGCUAAACAGCUGGCCUAAGUACACAACUUGUUGUUUGUAUACAGGUGGAAGCAUUGGGCUCUUCAGAGGAGCGGUUCAGCAGGUUAAUCUGGUUUCCUAUCGGCCUUUAGGGCCCAUCCACCCGCAUCUCAGUAAGAAAGAAGUAGAUGUAGCUCCUGAACCCAUUCCUUCCAUCCUAGAGUCAUCUUCACAUGGAAAUAGGUAUUGAAACCAUAAUGGUAGCCCAGACUCCACUUGUCAAUUGCAUCUGUUAAAGCGGGCCAUUCGUAUGUUGGGUGCCAAAUGUGUGGGAUCAAAGCUUCGUGUUGUGUGUGUGUGUGUUUCUACUGCAACAGCCCCGUGGAAAAGAGCCCCUGCGUCCGUAUGUGUUCUGUGCAGAUGUGCCAUGUGAGUCCUGGUCGGAGCAAUAGAACUAUAAACUAUAGUAACUAUGUACGUACUGACAUUUAGAGAUGAGCAGGGUACCUUGUAAAGCUCUGUUGACCAUCACCCUACGAUCCAGUAGCUUCUGCAGUGAGCCCCCCCACCCCCCCCCCCCCCCCCCUCUGUACGA